AGACGUUCACUCAGUCUCGCCUCGGACUGUCAUGGAGGGUCGGGUCUUCAGGACUCUGUUGGUCCAGUUUUAACUUCACAGGGAGCUGAAGUAAAGAAGCUGAUCAGACGAAGAGGGGCUUUACCGUGAGGACGAACAUCCACCGUGUUCACCGAGAAGAGAUGUCUUCCCAAGUCAGACUGAGACUGCUGCCGAGUGCCAGGUGUUUAUUCGACGAGCCAAUUCAGGUGACGGUGGCCGGGCUGAGGUCGAGGCAGGUGGUCACCCUGAGAGCCAGGUCAACAGAUGAGAAGGGGAUGGUGUUCAGCUCCUCGGCCACAUACAGGGCUGACGGGAGCGGGGAGAUCGACCUGGAGAGAGACCCCUCACUCAGGGGAAGUUACAUCGGGGUUGAACCCAUGGGUCUGCUGUGGUCGAUGAGGGCAGACACCUUGCACAAAUGGUUUCAGAAAACUCAUUCACUAAACCCCCAUGUGGUGAAGUUCUCUGUGCAUGAGGAGGAGGAGGGCAGGUUGUUGGCAGAGGCGACCAAUGAGAGGUUUCUGAUUGGCGAUGGAGUCAGCAGGCGCCCUGUCAAAGAGGGGAAUUUUCAGGGAGUCCUGUUUACUCCUCCAGGGAAAGGUCCAUUUCCUGCUGUGCUGGAUCUGAGCACCUUCAUGUCUGAGAAAAGAGCCAGUCUCCUGGCCAACAAAGGGUUUGUGGUUCUGUCUGUUACAGUGUACAAUGACAAGCCGAACAACGUCAAAGAGUUACAUCUAGACCACUUUGAAGAGGCAGUGAACUUCUUACAACAACAAACUGAAGUUGGCAGUAAAGGAGUUGGUGUAGUAUCUCGAUCAAAGGGAGGAGACAUUGCGCUUUCACUUGCUGCGUUUGUGCCCGGUGUUGAGGCCACAGUGUGGAUCAAUGGCUGCUGUGCCAACGUAGCUUUACCUCUCCACUAUAAUAAGAGUCAGAUUCUCCCUGCAUUAAUGUUUGACACAAGCAAGAUGGUUCCUACUGAGUCAGGGGCUGCCAUGGGCAAGUAUGUUCUGCACAAUCCCCUGGCAGAGGAGAACAAGGCCACCCUGGUCCCCAUUGAACAAGCAAAGGGACAUUUCCUCUUUGCGGCUGCAGAGGACGACCUGAACUGGGACAGCAAGGCUUACAUGGACCAGAUGGUGGAGAGACUGAGGCGCCAUGGGAAGAACAACUUUGAGAGCGUGAGUUACCCUGGAGCGGGACAUUACCUUGAUCCACCUUAUGGACCCUACUUCCCCUCCAGUUUACAUGGGGUUGUGGGUAAACCAGUCCUGUGGGGGGGUGAGCCCAGGUCCCACGCAGCAGCUGAGGUCCACCUGUGGAAGAAGAUCCAGGAGUUCUUCAGAACUCACCUGAGCUGUGAUGCUACCACAGACUAAAGCUAAGUUAUAGAUACAAAUAUGAUGAUGGAAAAGACUUAGGAACAAUCAACAAAAUUAUGACAACAUGGCUGCCAAUUAACCAAAGAUAACUACUGUGUAAAUAACAACGUAUCAGUGUAAUGAACUGAUCGGCGUUUGAUCAUUUUAGAUAAUUUAAGAUAAUUUUAGGGCACUGCUGAAUGUGAACUGUAGCAUGUAUGAGAUGUUCCAUGACAAAUUAAGGAUUAAAAUCAAAACUUUGUGUAACUCUGUUUAAGAGUCUUUUACCUUUUGAGCUCUGUGCUUUUACACUGAAGGCCAGAGUCCUAUUGCUGUUGCUUAUGGAAUUUGACUGACACCCAUGAUCUGGUAAGUGAAACUUUUUUUUUUUCCCUGUACCCUUAUCUAUGUCUUCCCACAAUUUUAUCACAGAGGUGCUGAUAUGCAGCACGAAUUGUGGUACCACCAGUUCAGUUUGCCACAGGCCUUCUGCCUGAUGAAGUUCUCGUCAUAUGUCACAGAUAAUUAAAGCAGGUGACCACAAUUUAGAGUCCCACAGCAAAACGCCUGAAUACUUUUGCAAAUGAGAGUUUUCAAUAUUUAGAUUUUUGACAAAUGUACGAAAAAAUUUUAACAUGUUUUCACAUAGACAAAAAUGGCAAUUACAAUCAAAUCAAUCUUCAGAAAGUGAAGGACUGAAUAUUUUCAGAAGCCAUUAUAUGUACACAAAAUGUUUUUAUAGUUAAAGUGUUUGCCAAUACUAAACCGCAUUUCCUUUCAGCACUUCACAAUUAAAGAGC